AUGAGACAAGAUAGAAACAAGUCACGCAGUCCUGAGACGGCAGACGGAGGCAGAAAGGCAGUCAUCCAACCCUCUAUUCUUCCCGCCUCCCUUCCUCUCUGUCUGCCCUUCUCUCUCCCCAAUAUCCUUCUCUUGUUUCUCUCCCCCUCCUGCGCACAGCAACCUAUCAAGCUGCUCUCUCAACGGCAUGGUUCCGGGCAUGCUGAGCUAUCUCACUCGCCUGCACACCCUGUGAGUCUCACUCUCCUGCACACCCUCGACCUCAGUGCCAAUGCCUUCCAAGGCACUCUCUCUCAAGGGCUGGGGAAACUUCAGCAGCUGCAGCACCUGUGUUCCGGGCCUGGGUGCGCCAGGCCUGGGUGCGCCAGGCCUGGGUGCCCCGGGCCCGGGUGUUCUGGGCCUAGGCCUGGGUGUGCUGAGUUACAAGAGAGAGCACAGCUGCAGAGUGUCCUUCCAUCUUCUCCAGCUCUUUACCUCUCAUACCCUUCCCUUUCCUCGCCCCCUUUUGCUCCCAUCAUACAGGUGACUGUAGAGAUCUCUAGUGGCAGCGUCAGCUCCAUAAUAGACCCCCAAAUGGUCUCUCCUGCUGCAUCUGGCGUCAGCACAACGCAUGCUGAACUCAUGCAGAGCCCGGUGUCCCUAGCCGUGGAAUGCACUGCCAUGCCAGCUGCCACGCGCCCCUCUAUGGCCAAAGUGCUGUCACAGCUGAAACAGUUGCACGAGGAGGUGGUGAGGCGGGAGAGGGAGAGUGGGUGGGAGCAAGGGAGUGGGUUGGGAAGACUGGGAACAGGGAGAGCAAGCUGGUUGGUGACGGAGAAGAGUGACACCCCUGCAACUGAGACGACGGUGGGGAAUGUGAGUGCGGUGACGGGAGAGAGGAAUGCGAUAGGCAGUUAUCAUGGGAAUGAGAGCUCGAGUGCUGGUAGGGGGACAAGUGGGGAGGCCAGUAGGAGUGUGAAUGGUUACUAG